GAGCUGGCCAGCACUCUCUCCUACAGCUCUUGUCAUUCCUCCCUCGACUCUCUGACCAGCCUGGACUCCUUUUCUGGCAGCCCGGUCCCAGCUAGUCCAGUCCAUGCAGGCCGGACUUCACCUCUGCAUAAACACUUCCGAAUAUCUGCCAAGAAGGCCCUGCUCAUGUGGGUCAGGGACCAGUGCCAAAGGGCUGGUUGCUCUCUAAGUGUGAAGGACUUUAAGAAGAGCUGGAGAAGCGGAGAGGCCUUCCUGGCCAUCCUGUGCUCUCUCAGGCCACAGCUGGUUGAUCUCUCUCUUGUGCGGUUCAGACGCAACCAGGAGAACCUGGAAGAGGCGUUUCACCUGGCUGAGAGGGAGCUCCACAUCCCCCGUCUGCUGGAGCCCCAGGAUGUGGAUGUUAAAGACCCUGAUGAGAAGUCCAUUAUGACUUAUGUGGCCCAGUUUCUCCAGUACUCCAAUGACAUGCCUUCACCUGAUGACCACCUGCAGGUCCCCCAAAGUGAGCGAGCACUAGAGUUGACCUCCUGGCUGCAGCAAGCCUACCAGGAGCUGUCAGAGGCACGCACAGCUACAGAACAUUCAAGCUUUGCUGAAAAAUAUCAGGUACUUCAGAAACUGUCUGACUCGUUCACUGAGCAGAGGAAACCAGUGAUGACCCUCCUCGCUGCAGUAAAGCGCUGCCCUGAGCUGAGCCAGGAGCAGCGAGCUCUCAGGACAGCGUCGGAUCGUAUGGAGGAGGAGCUGCAGAGGUGUAAAGCAGACCUGGACUCAAGUCUUCCUCCUCCUCUGGACUCAGUCAUG